UACGGUGGGCGGCGCCGUGCUCAUCUGAGCACCAUGGAGAGCCAGUCUGGGCCACAGCCUGGCAGUCCGGGCCGCGCCGAGAGGCUGAAAGAGCGGCUGCUGGACGAGUUCGUGUCGCUGCACGGCCCCGCGCUGCGCGCCUCGGGAGUCCCGGAGCGACUAUGGGGCCGCCUUCUGCACAAGCUGGAGCACGAGGUUUUCGAUGCCGGGGAGAUGUUUGGGAUAAUGCAGGUGGAGGAGGUAGAGGAGGCUGAGGACGAGGCUGCCAGGGAGGCUCAGAGGAAGCAACCCAAUCCUGGGGGCGAGCUGUGCUACAAGGUCAUUGUGACCAGUGAGAGCGGCGUCCGGGCUGAUGACCCCAACAGCAUCUUCCUCAUUGACCAUGCCUGGACGUGCCGUGUGGAGCAUGCACGAAGACAGCUGCAGCAGGUACCGGGACUCCUGCACCGGAUGGCCAACCUCAUGGGCAUCGAGUUCCAUGGGGAAGUGCCCAGCCCAGAGGCCGUGGCCCUCGUGCUGGAGGAGAUGUGGAAAUUCAACCAGACCUACCAGCUGGCCCAUGGGACAGCCGAAGAGAAGGUGCCCGUGUGGUACAUCAUGGACGAGUUUGGCUCAAGGAUCCAGCACUCAGACAUGCCCAGCUUCGCUGCUGCUCCCUUCUUCUACAUGCCCCAGCAGGUGGCGUACACGCUGCUGUGGCCCCUACGGGACCUAGACACAGGCGAGGAGGUGACCCGGGACUUUGCCUACGGAGAGGCAGACCCUCUGAUCCGGAAAUGCAUGCUGCUGCCCUGGGCCCCCGCCGACAUGCUGGACCUCAGCUCCUCUACGCCCGAGCCUCCUGCCAAGUACUACCAGGCCAUUUUGGAGGAGAACAAGGAGAAACUGCCGCUCACCAUUAGCCCAGUGACACAUCCCCAGGGCCAUGUCUUCAGAGUCCACUGCGACGUGCAGCAGGUGCUCAGCCACCUCACCCACCCUCGCUUCACCUUCACUGAGAGUGAGGCUGACGCUGACAUCUUCUUCCACUUCUCACACUUCAAGGACUACAUGAAACUCAGCCAAGAGAGCCCACAGGUCCUACUCAACCAGUUCCCCUGCGAGAACCUGCUGACUGUUAAGGACUGUCUGGCCUCCAUCGCUCGCCGGGCUGGGGGUCCCGAGGGUCCCCCCUGGCUACCCCGAACCUUCAACCUGCGCACUGAGCUUCCCCAGUUUGUCAGCUAUUUCCAGCACCGGGAGAGGCGGGGUGAAGACAACCACUGGAUCUGCAAGCCCUGGAACCUGGCCCGCAGCCUGGACACUCACGUCACGAACAACCUCCUCAGUAUCAUUAGGCACCGAGAGAGCACUCCCAAGGUUGUGUCCAAGUACAUUGAAAGUCCCGUCUUGUUCCUCCGAGAAGAUGUGGGGAGUGUCAAGUUUGACAUCCGCUACAUUGUGCUGCUUCGCUCAGUGAGGCCGCUGAGGUUGUUUGUAUACGAUGUGUUCUGGCUGCGCUUCUCCAAUCGGCCCUUCGCCCUCAAUGACCUAGACGACUAUGAGAAGCAUUUCACCGUCAUGAACUAUGACCCGGAUGUGGUGCUGAAGCAGGUGCACUAUAAUGAGUUCAUCCCCCAGUUUGAGAAGCAGUACCCAGAGUUUCCCUGGAGUGAUGUGCAGGCUGAGAUCUUCAAGGCCUUCACCGAACUGUUCCAAGUAGCAUGUGCCAAGCCACCACCCAUGGGCCUCUGUGACUACCCCUCAUCCCGGGCCAUAUAUGCCAUUGACCUCAUGCUCAAGUGGGACAGCCACCCAGAUGACAGGUGUGUGCCUCCGUCCGUCUAUACCACAGUCCAGCCCGUCCUCUCAGACAGGAAAGCGGGUGAUGCAGCCCCAGAUCCUGGAGGUGAACUUCAACCCCGACUGUGAGCGAGCCUGCAGGUACCACCCCUCAUUCUUCAACGAUGUCUUCAGCACCUUGUUUCUGGACGAGACCGACGACUGCCACGUGACCCGCAUCAUCUAGGUGCCCAGAGUUCUGCCUGCGUGUGUAGCCGGUUCCAGCCUCUACUCACGGAACUGCCUCUGCAGUCCCAACCUUCUCCCUCCUUCUCUUCCCACCUUCCCUCCCUAGUCAGAGCCUUGGCCUAAGUAAGGCACAACCCUCCAGAGCCAUGUUCCUGCUUCGUGGGUGGGAUAUCAGGUCCAUGUGUGGCAGAGCUGGACAGUGAGUGGUAUCCCAAGGGCUGGGCUCUGACCCAGCACUCUCCGUACCUCUUAACGCCCUCUCUUCUCUGCAGCUCAGCCAAGGGCCUUUCUCCUGGCGUCCAGAGACUAUGCAGAUAAAGAGAUGUUCUACAGAAACAGGGUCUCACGGGGAAGUGUUUGGGAGCCCCUUAUCCACUAGGGCCAGGGAGUACUCUCUCAAAAUCUCUGCCCUCCUGUCCCAUGGCUGCUGUAAGCAGGGUAUGAGAACCCUGUGUUGCACCCACGGGCCCCAGAACAGCUAAGGGGAAACAUUUGCCAAGCCAGCCUUAUGCCUCGGCAUCUUCCACCAGAGCCUUCACCAGCAGACUUCCCAGCCAUACCUCCCCUUGGUAUUUCCCUUCUGGCUGGGCUGAGAGUCCCGUGGUCUCUGCGUGCUGGCACCUCACCAAGUCCCACUGUGCUCUUAUGGUAGACAGGGUGCUAGGGUUGUGACAUUUCAUGGCAGAGUCCAGGCAGGGGUGACUGGAAAUGCCAGAGCUGCUAAGAUGGCUCUGGGGAGAACUUCAUGUGGGACUCAGGCUGCCUCUUGCCAGGGUUCAGAAUCAAAGUGUUAAGGCUCAGGGUUGUUUGUUUUUCUUUCAACCUACAGAAAGACAAUGUAACAUGGAGUUCCUAAUUUUGUUGCUGAAAUUUGAAGUCGGCCACCACUGUUUCUGUAACUGCUGGGUGCCUGGAUCUGGCCCCCUAGGAAGUGGGUGUGGUUAGAGUGGGCGGGAGCUGCUUCCAGACUGUCCUACUGCUCCCGUGAGACACUGUGGUGGCUGUUGUACUUUUGAAGGUAAAAGUGACUCUCUCCUAGCAUGACUGGACAUGAUUCUUCCUGCUCAUCUCUGGGCAUGUGGGCCACCUGUUAGGGAGCCUGCCCCCAUGAGGGUCAGGGUAGACACUUGUGGUCCUGUCCCUGGAAAGCCGCUGGCCUCUGCCCUUUUAUACUGCAAUAAAAUACGCCUUCUUUUCA